AUGGAGUUCGAAACUCACGAAGAUGCGUAUUCGUUUUACAAAGACUACGCGAAAUCAGUCGGAUUCGGAACCGCGAAAUUGAGCAGCCGGAGAUCGAGAGCUUCGAAAGAAUUCAUCGACGCAAAAUUCUCCUGCAUACGCUACGGAAACAAACAGCAAUCCGACGACGCAAUCAACCCUAGAGCUUCCCCUAAAAUCGGCUGCAAAGCGAGUAUGCACGUCAAGCGAAGACCAGACGGGAAAUGGUACGUUUACAGCUUCGUCAAAGAGCACAAUCACGAGCUUUUACCGGAGCAAGCUCAUUUCUUCCGGAGCCAUCGAAACAACAACACGGAGCCACCGGCGAAAUCCGAUUCGCGUCUCAGCAGGAGGAAGAAGAACAAUCCGUUGGCCGCUGCUUGUAAACAUCUCAGCGCUUACCACGACCUCGAUUUUCUCGACGGUUACAUGAGGAAUCAGCACGAUAAAGGACGGCGUCUGGUGAUUAGCACCGACGAUGCUCAGAUCCUGCUUGAGUUUCUCGCGCGGAUGCAGGAAGAGAAUCCGAAAUUCUUCUACGCCGUUGAUUUCAGCGAAGAUCAUCUUCUGAGAAACGUCUUCUGGGUUGAUGCGAAAGGGAUUGAAGAUUACAGAAGCUUCAGCGAUGUGGUUUCUCUCGAGACGAGUUACAUGGUGAGUAAAUACAAGAUUCCGAUUGUGCUCUUCGUUGGAGUCAAUCAUCAUGUACAACCUCUGUUGCUUGGAUGUGGAUUGAUUGCAGAUGAAACGGUUUAUACUUACGUCUGGCUGAUCCAGUCCUGGUUGCUGGCGAUGGGUGGCUCAACGCCGAAAGCAAUGCUCACCGAUCAGAACAAUGCUUUAAAAGCAGCAGUCGCGGCGGUCUUACCGGAGACUCGCCAUUGCUACUGCUUGUGGCAUGUUCUUGAACGGCUUCCUCGGAAUCUUGACUAUUGGAGCAUGUGGCAGGACACUUUCUUGAAGAAGUUUCUCAAAUGUAUAUACAGGUCAUGGUCAGAGGAGGAGUUCGACAGGAGGUGGAUGAAAUUGAUAGAAAGGUUUCAUCUUAGAGAUGUUCAGUGGAUGAGGAGUUUGUAUGAGGAGCGUAAGUUUUGGGCGCCUGCGUUUAUGAGGGGAAAGACAUUUGCAGGUUUAUCAACGCGUUACCGUUCGGAGAGUGUGAGUUCUCUGUUUGAUAGGUAUGUUCAAGGUGAGACUUCGCUUAAGGAGUUUUUAGAAGGGUAUGGGGUGAUGUUAGAAGAUAGGUACGAAGAGGAAGCGAAAGCUGAUUUCGAUGCUUGGCAUGAAGCGCCUGAGCUGAAAUCUCCGUCUCCUUUUGAGAAGCAGAUGUUGCUUGUAUACACUCAUGAGAUAUUUAAGAAGUUCCAAGUAGAGAUUCUUGGUGCUGCUGCUUGUCAUCUUACGAAGGAGAGCGAGGGAGGGAUAAGUUACAGUGUUAAAGACUUUGAAGACGAUCAGAAGUAUUUGGUGGAUUGGGAUGAGACAAAGUCUGAUAUUUACUGUUCUUGCCGUUCGUUUGAGUACAAGGGUUAUCUCUGUAGGCACGCGAUCGUUGUUCUGCAAAUGUCUGGUGUUUUCACCAUUCCGGUUAACUACGUGUUGCAGAGAUGGACGAACGCGGCUAGAAACAAGCAUCGGAUCAGCGGAGACCUUGAGGUUGUGCAGUGUAAUAUCCGGCGUCUCAAUGAUCUUUGCCGGCGAGCUGUUAUAUUGGGAGAAGAAGGUUCUCUUUCUCAAGAGAGUUAUGAUAUCGCCAUGUCUGCGAUGAAAGAAGCUUUUAAACAGUGUGCUGUUAAGAGUACUGCCGUUGAACAUCCCAAUCGGUUUGAAGAAGCUGCAAUUCAAGAAGAAAGUCAAUAUGGAUCCACAUCGAAGCAGAUUGGAGCCGAGUCUCACAUACAUGCAGAUGGUAAUCUAGGGCAAGCUGAUACCAGAAGGGAGAAGAGAAUUGGCUUUAACAAUACAUCUAAAAAGGCAAAGCAGCAUUUGGCUCAGUCUGGAAUCAUUGGUGAGGGAAGCCAUGAAGGAUUUCAACAUAUGACUGGUGCAAGACCGUUGUUGCAGGCGGUAACGGAGGGGCAGUAUCACAACACGAUGCCACCGGGAAUGUUCCAAAACGUGAUCUCAACUGAGUUCCACAACAUUCAGGCUACAAAUAUGCAUCAGAACAAUCCCCCUGGGUAG